CCCUCCCCCCCCGCGCGCCCUCGGUGGCCGAAGCCGCGCCGAGCCCGCGCCGAGACGACGCGACGACGAGCCCCGCCCCGAACGAGGCUAGCGAGCAGCAGGGAGCAGCGCGACCCGCGACUGGCGCCAGAUCCGAACAUCUCAAGGGACCCCACGGUUCUCUGUUCUUUCUCCCCUGCGUAGUCCCCCCACAACACCGCCACAAUGGACGCGAUCAAGAAGAAGAUGCAAGCGAUGAAGACGGAGAAGGACAACGCGUCCGACCGCGCCAUGCUGUGCGAGCAGCAGGCCCGCGACGCCAACCUCCGCGCCGAGAAGGCUGAGGAGGAUGCGCGCAAUCUCCAGAAGAAGAUCCAGGCCAUUGAGAACGACCUUGACCAGACCCAGGAGCAGCUCACACAGGUGUCGGCCAAGCUGGAGGAGAAGGAGAAGGCCCUGCAGAACGCCGAGAGCGAGGUCGCCGCCCUCAACCGUCGCAUCCAGCUGUUGGAGGAGGACCUCGAGCGCUCAGAAGAGCGACUAGCCACAGCCACCGCCAAGCUGGCGGAGGCCUCUCAGGCCGCCGAUGAGUCGGAACGUGCACGCAAGAUCCUGGAAAACCGCAGCUUGGCAGAUGAAGAGCGAAUGGACGCCCUGGAAAAUCAGCUGAAGGAAGCCAGGUUCAUGGCUGAGGAGGCUGAUAAGAAAUAUGAUGAGGUUGCCCGUAAGCUGGCCAUGGUUGAGGCUGAUCUGGAACGUGCUGAGGAGCGUGCUGAGUCAGGAGAGGCGAAAAUUGUGGAGCUUGAAGAGGAGCUGCGUGUUGUUGGCAACAACCUGAAGUCCCUCGAGGUUUCAGAAGAAAAGGCCAACCAGCGGGAGGAGGAAUACAAGCAGCAAAUUAAGACCCUGACCAACCGGCUAAAGGAGGCUGAGGCAAGGGCUGAGUUUGCUGAGAGGUCCGUGCAGAAGCUGCAGAAGGAGGUUGACAGGCUUGAGGAGGAACUGGUGAAAGAGCGAGCUCGAUACAAGGCCAUGGCAGACGAAAUCGAGAUGGCAGCAUACUAAUUACACGAACUCGAACAAAGUCAACUAACUUUCCCUUUCUCUUUCUGCUUUCAAUUUCGAUUGUGACUUCAUCGCGAUUACGAUUUCACUGCCCAUUUACAUGCCAAACACGGAGCUCUGUUCGCGUUUCUCGGAGAUGACCCUCUUCUACUUGGCAACACGAUUCUUGUCUAAGGUCGAGGGAAUGCCAACACCGUGGAUCCUGCAAGAGCGCAUGCACAACUGAAGAUAGUCCUCGACCAUCACAAAUAACCUGAAUCCUGGGCAUGGACCUAGCAGACUUGUAUGACUGUUGGUUUUUAUGUUAGUUCUUUUUGUAUAUGAAGUUUUGUCUGGCUGAACGGCCUAGGCACGUGAUUGAGAAACAUUCCAAAGCCAAAUAUGUGGUGUAGUUAGAUAUUGGCUCAAUGUUGUAAAAUUAGAUGCCCUAUGGGGUAUUUAAAAAGAGUUCUUUAAGUGUUCACUGGUUACUACAUUGUUCGCUUUAAAUGUUCAGUCUGCUUCGAUGUAGAAAAUUCCUUGUCCUUCAAGGGUUUUUUUUUUUGGCUAAUUGGUUCACUGAAAGGAAACCACGGCAAACGUGUGUUUAUGUGCAACUGCAUGCCAGAAUGCAUGUGUACUUAUUGUGGCUGAUGACUGACAAUGUUCAAAUUUGCGUAUUCUUAAAGUUAUAUGUGUAAUUGCUGUCUGUAUGGUGCAUAUAUGGAGUACCAUGGGUGCACUUUUCAUGCAAAGAUUAAAUCAGUCAAUUUUCACAUUGUGAUUUUUUGAAGAGCUUUUUUUCUUUUGUCUGAACAUUAUGAAGCAGAGUGAGGAUAAAAUUUUCACAGCUAUUCUAUUGUAGAUUUUUCUUAUUGUUUGUAUUUUUCCUUAUUAGUUCUAUCGUGAAUUGUGAGAUCCUCUUUUUCAAGGUGAUUCUCAAAGUCCGCUGAAAUUAGGGUCAAACUCAUGAUUCAUCCUCAUUCUUUUUUAAGAAAUUGUUUUUUUUGCUUAGCUUAUAAUUGACCACUCUAGGUCAGUUAGCCUGGUUUCUAACAACACAUUCCAAAAUGCACACUCUGGGCUAAUACUGUUUUAGAAUCGUGCCACUUGUUGGUAGACUUCCUAGUUUUACGAUGUGGCUAUUUUUGUAAUUAGGUCGCCCUGCUGCAUACAAAGGAACUGUGGUAGGAUAACUUUAUCCUCUUUGCACUUAAAUAUAGGUCUAUAAGAAAAUGCUUGCAAAAUUGACAAUAUACUCAGGGAUGUUUAUUUCAAUACAUUAAUUAUCUAUGCCGGUUCUCUGCCUACCUUUGAAGAAAAAUUUGAAAAGCGUCAGAGGAUUGCUGAGGGAAAGGACUUUUAAGCCCAUCUUUUAUGGCUGCAGCAUCUGCUAUGCAGCCAAAUCAAAUCAUUAAAAAAAAGAAAGUGAUUGUACACCCUCAAAAGUGAGCUGAAUGUGUUUGCAUCGAAAUGAAAAUAAAAAACUGUUCAAAAUUUGUAAA